AAAGCGUCGCGGCGGCGUCGAGGAGGAUGGAGGCGCCUCUCGUAAGCCUGGAGGAGGAGUUCGAGGAGGGGCCCGGGGAGGAUGGGGGGACCCCACAACGCCCCCCGGACCCGGCGCUGGCCGAGCUGGAGAGUUUCUCCGCCGAGAUGAUGAGCUUCAAGUCGAUGGAGGACCUGGUGCAGGAGUUCGACGAGAAGCUCACCGUCUGCUUCCGCAACUACGACGCGGCCACCGAGGGGCUGGCGCCCGUGCGGGGCCGGCUGCAGGCGCAGGAGGAGGAGGAGCGCCUGCAGGACGAGGAGUGA